CUGUUUAUAAAGACUGAGUCAGUGCCGAAACUCAUCAAUGCGGCUCUACCAGGACUGACAGAGACUUCCAAUCACAGCCAUGGAGUCUCCAGUGGUUCUACUGCUGUGCUUCAGCUUCUCUGUAGUAACUGUUUCGACACAGGACAUGUUCCUGGUGACGGCUCCCAGUGUGUUUCAUGUGGGAGUGAAGGAGCGUGUAUCUGUUCAGUUACCCUCCAGCCUGCUCAAUCAGCCUGUACUUCUCUACUUGGAACAUGAGACCAGUGGGCUGCUGAUGUCCAAUAGGGCUACUUUUCAGAUGACCCAAGAGAAACAAAUUGGAGUUGUAGAACUCGAGGUGGACAGAGAGAAAAUGUCAAGCCUUCCUACGUUGAACCCAACACCGUUCUACUUGGCACUUGUGUGUGAGAUCAGACCUGGUCAGAGGGAGAUGGUCAGAGUGCUGGUUUCUCAACACAGGGGCUACAUCUUCAUCCAGACAGAUCAGCCUGUCUAUACCCCCACACAGACAGUGAAAUACAGGAUUUUUACCCUGGAUCACUCCAUGAGGCCCCAUGCCGAACCCAUAUCCAUCUCUGUUUUUAAUGCUGGUGGGAACAGGGUGACAUCGUGGACUGUAAGAGAAGCAGAUGGGAUCUACUCCAGGAAACUGAACAUUCCUGAUGUCUCUGAACCAGGUGUGUGGAGGAUUGUGGCUCACUAUCAAGGGGAUGAGAAGAACGCCGCCACCCGAGAGUUUCAAGUAAAGAAAUUUGUCAUGCCAAGCUUCGAUGUGUCCAUCAAGCCUGAGCAGAACUACUUCCUGGUGACCACGGAAAAAUUUCAUUUCACCAUCCACGCCUCGUACUCAUAUGGUGAGACAAUAAAAGGCGCAUAUCACUGCCGGUUUGGAGUGAGACAAGAGGCCACAGGAGAUGCAGACACCAGGAAGCCGGAGACCAUCAUCAUCAGGGGGUUGGAGAAGUCUGGAUCGGUGAACAACGGGGAGGCAGAGGUCACUCUUUUCAGACUCCAAAUAGAAAACCUCCUGAAGGAGCGCAGUGCUAACUUGACACAGUUGGCUCUGGACAGAACGCAGCUCUACGUUGCUGUGACUGUCAUCGACAUCGCCAGUGGAGAACUGCAGGAAGCAGAAGUUUUCAUUCCCAUUGUUUCUCAGAGAUUCUCUGUGGACUUGUCUCGCACACGGUCCUACUUCAUUCCUGGGGUGCCCUUCCACGUCUCGGCUGUGGUUCACCUCCCAGAUGGCUCUCCAGCAGCGAAUGUCCCUGUGGAUGUUCAUGUGACUGGUUCUUCAGCGAAACCCCAGAGUGUACAAACUAAUGGAGAAGGGGCAGCACACCUUGUUUUUAAUAACAUUCCUAAUGAUCGGCCAGUGACUGUUAAAGUGACAGUAGAUAAUCAUCCUUCUGAGAAAACCGUGUUUCCUUCCUUGUCAUCAAGCAAUAAUUACCUGUACAUCGAUGUGAGCUCAAAGGUUGUUUCCCCAGGGGAGGAGGUCAUCGUUAAUUUCAAUGUCGUCGGAAGCAGUCUGGCUGGUAACCAGAUUUACUACCUGGUUCUUAGUAAAGGAGUCCUCAGAGCACAAAACUCUGAACCAUCAGGACCAUUAGUACAAAUUAGACUCCCCGUGAGCAGUGAUCUGAUUCCCUCUUUCCGCCUUAUUGGCUACUACUAUGACCAAACAGGUGACAUCAUAGCGGACUCAGUGUGGGUGGACGUUGAGGACGUCUGUGAGGGGAAGAUUUUGCUGAGUGCAAAGGAAGAACACAUACCAGGCAAGCUAGCCAAGCUGGAUAUAAACCUGGAAGGGCAGAAAGCCAAAGUAGCCUUACUGGCUGUUGAUACAGCCAUCUAUGCCUUGAACGUCCACAACAGAUUAACCCCCAAACAGGUGUUCGCCUCCAUGCAGUCCUAUGACCUGGGCUGCUCGUAUGGAGGGGGCAGUGACACGGCUAAUGUUUUCAAUGAUGCUGGGCUGUCCUUUAUUUCUCACUCUAAGACAGUCAAAUCAAGGAUGAGAAUAGGCUUUGGUUGUGAGUCUGGCUUCCGACGCCAGAAACGUUCCCUUGACCUACAGCAGCUCAUGAACUCCAAAGUUUUUAGUUACGUGAGCAAGGAGCUCCAGCAAUGCUGCAGAGAUGGCCUCACCCUGAUUCCUAUGCAGCUCACCUGUGAAGAGCGUGCUAAGAGAGUGUCCCGUAGAGGGAAGGGACAGGACUGCACCAACGUCUUCCUGGACUGCUGCCGCGAAGGGAUCAAGCUGAGGGACUUGAAGAGGCAGGAAGAGGCUAAGAAGCAACAUGGGAGGACACACGGCAUAACAGACAUGGAGGAUUUCUUUGACUCCAGCACUGUGAACAUUCGGCGCCACUUUCCACCCAGUUUUGCCUUUGAAGAGAUCCAGGUGGAUGGGAGUAGAAGGCAUGACCUGUUUCUUCCUGAUUCAAUUACAACCUGGGAGAUUCAAGCUGUCAGUGUGUCUGCAUCCCACGGAAUCUGUGUAGCACAGCCUUGUAAGCUGAUGGCAAAGAAGACAGUUUUUGUUUCGCUGCGUCUGCCGUACUCUGUCAAGCGAUUCGAGCAGCUUUCCAUCGUUGCUGUUGUCUACAACUAUGGUGAUGAAACAAAACAGCUGUCAGUCCACAUGAAAAGAGUGGAUGGUCUCUGCUCACCAGGUUCUGCCUCCAUGCUCUCCCACGUCAAUGUCAACGUAUCAAGAGGCUCCCCCCAGACUGUGACCUUCCCAGCGGUUCCCAUGAUCACAGGAAAAAUCCCCGUAACUUUGCUCAUAUAUGACACUGAAGAAAAACUAGGCCUGGAUGCCAUUGAAAAAGAGCUGCUAGUCAUGACAGAAGGGGUAGUGAAGAGAGAGGAGAAGACUCAUUUUAUUGACCUGGAUGGAAGAAACAGGCAGAAUUUUCUCAUUGAUGGGCAGUUUCCAAACAGCACCAUCCCUGACUCUGACACGAACCUGUUCGUCAUGAUGGAAGGUGGAGUAUUUGACAAAGCAAAGGUACUGCCUCUGCUGUCACCGUCAGGAGUAAAUGGUCUCCUCCGAGCCCCCAUGGGCUGUGCAGAGCAGACAAUGAUCCGCUUGUCCCCUACGGCCCUCGCCCUUCAUUACCUGGACCACACCCAGGGCUGGAUGGACCUGCCCGCUGGGGCCAGGGAUGUAGCCCUCAGUCAUGUGGAGGGUGGUUAUUCUAGAAUUUUGACUUUCAAGAAGAACGAUGCCUCUUAUGGAGCUUGGCUGGACAGGCCCUCAAGCAUCUGGUUGACUGCCCAGGUUGUCAAAGUGUUGAGUCUGGUAGCCGAUCGACAGCUGGAGGGAAGGGGGGAGAAAGGGAGGCAGGGAGCAAAUGUUGUCUCUGUGGAAGAGAUCAGUCAGUCGGUAGAGUACCUGAUCUCAAAGCAGAGUGAGGAAGAUGGCAGCUUCAAUGACCCCCACCCUGUCAUUCACAGAGAGAUGCAGGGAGGGGUAGGUGGCACUGAGGGGGACGUGUCUCUCACAGCCUUCGUCACCAUCGCUCUGAAACGCUCUCUCCACCAUCUGACUGGAGAAACAAAGAAUAAGGCGGAGGACAGUGUUUCUCGUGCUACAGCCUACAUCGAGUCCCGUUUUUCAUCUCUGGAGAGGCCUUAUGCUGUGGCUAUCGCAGCCUACUGCUUAUCUGUCUGCCAAAAUGAUAAAACACUUGCCAAAUCUGCAUGGAGCAGACUGAAAGAGCUGGCCACUAAAGAGGGAAACUGUAGGAUGUGGCGCUCCAAAGCUGAUAUGAGAUUGCCAGGGGAAGUGAAACAUUAUGCAGUUCCACCACCUGAAGCCAUCACCGUGGAGACCACUGCCUAUGCCCUCCUGACAGCCGUGGCCAAUGGGGAGCUGGAAUGGGCAGAUUCUGCGGCCUGCUGGCUUUCUGAGAAAGAGAACUACGGCGGGGGGUUCAGGUCCACGCAGGAUACCAUUGUGGCUCUGGAGGCGCUCUCUCAUCUGGUGAUAAGCAGGCCAACUCAGACUCCUCCAACAAUCACUGCACAGUUUAAUGCACCAGGCAAGAGCCAGAAAGAAAAUCUCAACCUGGGGCAGAAGGAACAGAAAGUGGAGACAGAGCUUAAGAGGCUGCUGGGGAACAACAUAAACGUAGAGGUAACAGGAAAGGGGAAAGCCAAGCUGAAGGUUGUUAAGGCCUUCCAUGUCCUGGAGCCGAAUAAGGGCUGCGAGCUUCUCUCAAUCAAGGUCACUGUGGAAGGAAAAGUUAAAUACACUGCUGAGGUGAUCGAGAACUACGACUAUGAUUAUUAUGGUGCGGGAGGAGAAGGUGAAGACAAACGGGAUGAGGAAGAGAAGAGCAUCCCUCACUCAGAAAUCGAGUGGUUUGAUGCUCGCAGCCGACACAGGAGAGAAACAGAGCAGACCGAUGGGUCUUCGGUGAAAUACACUGUCUGCGUCAGUCACAGUCCAAGUAGGAACCUCUCAGGAAUGGCCAUCGCCGACAUCACAAUGCUAAGUGGUUUUGAGGCACAGAGGGAUGAUCUGGACAAGCUGAAGGCUUUGUCUGAUCAGUACAUCUCUCAUUACGAGACUGAAUACGGCAGAGUCAUCCUGUAUUUUAACGAGAUCCAACCUGAAGAACAGUGCAUUGGAUUUAGUGCCGUUCAGAAAGUGCCAGUAGGAUUAGUACAGCCUGCUCCAGCUACAUUCUAUGACUACUAUGAACCAGACAGGAGAUGUUCCAUUUUUUACGCCGCGCCCCUAAAGAGCAAGAUGGUGUCUACGCUGUGCUCCGGGGAGGUGUGCCAGUGUGCAGAGAGGCCCUGUUACACAGAGAAGAAAACAGUUCAGAUGAAGAUCAAAAAGAAGGACCGCUUUGAAUUUGCUUGUUACCACCCAACUGUGGACUAUGGUUAUAAAGUUGAAGUUUAUAACAUCUCUAUAAUGAGUGGCUUUGAACUCUAUCAAGCAAAAGUGAAAGACGUUCUGCGAGCUACCGCUGACGACAGAAUCAUGCUGGGCAGUGUCCGGGUAUUUGCAAAGAGACUCCACUGUAAAGGACAGCUGGAGCUGGGAAAGAGCUUCCUCAUCAUGGGCAAGGAUGGCUCCACCACUGACAGCUACGGCCAGAUGCAAUAUUUGCUGGACUCUGAAACUUGGGUUGAAAAGUUGCCCACUGAUAGCAAAUGCCAGGCAACACCAAACAAGCUGUUCUGCAGGGGUCUGGACAAUUUCAUGUCUGAGUACCAGAAGGAAGGAUGUCGUCAGUGAGAAGGAGACAUAUGUUGCAGGAAGGCACAUCAGCUCAUACUGAUGCAUUUUCAGAAACAUAUCAUCUUUUCCACUGCCUCUGGAAACACUCACAAUAGUAAAGUCCAAAAUAUGAUAUUCAGUCUUUUACUUAUUUUUUUUUGCAUAAUAUAGGUACAGUUAAACAGUAAAAAAAAGAAAAAAAGUCACUGCAAAGGAAAAUACUUGGAAUUCUUUUUUCUCUGGAAGAUCUACCGCUUAGAUUUCUGGACAACUACUCUCGUCAUUACCUUUAAAGAACAAGACACAAGGAUAUAUAAUUUGUCUUUGCA